GCAAUGAGGGAGUUGAACACGAGCCACAGCAAGGACUGAGGAUUGAGACCAAGUGUGAAGAUUAAGACCACACUCAGAGUCAGGGGUGAGCUUCUUGACAUUCAAACAGGUUCUGAUAAGGCUGGACAGGAACUGCAUUUUUCUCUCAGACUCAGGAAGAUCCAAGUCGGAGCACCGACAGGCAGCCAUGGCCUCCUUGUUGUUGGGCUGCAUCACUAACUUCUUCACCUACGAGACCACCAAGUCUGUGGUGGUCAAGAGCUGGUCUGUGGGCAUCAUCAACCGGAUCGUACAGCUGCUCAUCAUCACAUAUUUUGUGGGAUGGGUCUUCUACCACGAGAAGGCGUAUCAGGUGAGUGACACUGGCAUCGAGUCCUCUGUGAUGACCAAAGUAAAAGGCUUCGGUUACCAACACAACCGUGUGAUGGAUGUGGCCGACUACGUCUUCCCCCAACAGGGUGCAGGCGUGUUCUGCAUCAUGACCAAAGUCAUCAUCACUGAAAAUCAGUUCCAAGGGAAAUGUGCAGAGUCUGUUAAGAUGUUCAGUUGUGACACAGAUGAAGACUGCCACAAGCAUUUUGGUGCCAUCCUUUCCAACGGGGUAAUAACAGGCGUUUGCCUUAAAUCCUCCAAUGACUCCAAGGGUCAAUGUGAGAUUGAAGGGUGGUGUCCAGCCGAGAACGACAACCUCAAAAUCACGCCGAUGCUGAACGUGAAAAACUUCACCAUUUUCAUCAAAAACAGUAUUCGCUUUCCACUUUUCAAUGUCACCAGAGGGAACUUUCCCUCCACAAUGACGUCCGAAGAGAUCAAGAAUUGCACCUACCAUCCGGAGACAAACCCCUUCUGCCCCAUCUUUCGGGUGGGGGACGUGCUGAACCGCACCGGGCAGACUGUGGACAACCUGGCAGACAAGGGUGGAGAAAUAGGGAUAAACAUUGAGUGGAAGUGUAACUUGGACCUGAAUAUUGAGUACUGUAUGCCCAAGUACUCUUUCACACGACUGGACGCACCAUUUGCCAAGAAUGCCGUCUCUAAAGGGUACAACUUCAGAUUUGCCAAAUAUUUCAAGACAGAGAAUGGGACUGAAUUUCGGACACUUCACAAAGCAUUUGCAAUCCGCUUUGAUGUUAUGGUCACUGGCAAUGCGGGAAAGUUUGACACCAUCCCAACACUGAUCAACUUGGUCGCUGCCUUCACCUCUGUUGGACUGGGUACAGUUCUCUGUGACAUUAUCUUACUGAACUUCUUGAAAGGAGCAGAGCAGUACAAAGCCAAGAAAUUUGAAGAGGUGUCAGAGGCUCAGAUAGAAGCAUCCCUCGCACAGAGCCCAGGUAGCCAGCUGUCACUCAAAGCAGGUAUCAAGAGCUCCUAUGACUCUGGAGCCAUUUCCCUCGCUACCUCUGACCAACCUAUCUGACUGACAACAACAACAGCAAUCUGAAGAAAUGGACAUUCCUCUUUCUCUCUCUUUCCUUUUACCUUAUUGCCUCACAAGAGAUUCAUUAUGCCUUUCCUGGAUGCCAGGGUCUUGUAGCCAGUUUUAGUUUGGCAAGUUUAUGGAAAUGGGUAAAGAAGGACAACAUUGCUGCCAGCAACAUUGCAACUAGAAGUGGGAGUCAGAAGGAAAGAACUAUGGCCCUGUGGCACACUGGUUAGCAACACUCAAGCAAAGUUCCCCUAAGAAAGAUUCAAAUGAAACCACCUGGAUUAAGCUUGUCAUUAAACUCAGAGGGAAACAUACAGUAAUAAAAAUAUUAUUUUAUAAUAAGCAGUUUCAUUUUACAGCAUUUUAUCUACAAUAACAAUGUAACCUCCUCUUAACACUAAUUAAGUGAAUUAGUAUUAAAGCUGAAUAAACCCCCCUCUCAUUUACAGUUAGCCUUGCUCAGAUGAGCCAGAAUUUAAAAAAAAAACUGCUUAGAAUAAAACUAUUUGCGUAACAUUUUUGGAGUAUGUCUCUUUGUCAUCGUGUUCACUCAUUCACCAACUGCCCUUCCUCUCCUUCCCGCACAAAUAAAAGCACUGAAAGCUCUUAAUGGCGUAAAGACACUGUUGAUAAUGACGUGUGUGUGUUAUAUGGAGGUGGUGGUAGU